UGCAUCUCCCUGCUGAAACUCAACUUGGCGCCACCCGGGAAUGUUGGGGGGCCCGUAUCAAACACCAUGUUGCCCUUCUUGCUCCCUUUCCUCUUGACAUCUAAUCUCGGGCGUUCGGUGGCUAAAAUAAGCCUCUUAAGUCCCCCAAACACCGUUGGGGACUGACAGACUAAGCUCGCAGACUCCCUUCAACAGAGACUUCUCCUGUAAUGGCGCCUGCGUCAGUCACUAACAUGGCGGACACAGUCGUGCGCGGCGCAAACGUCAGCAGCUCUACCCCAGACGCUCAGAAACAGCGGAGGAGAGCGGGGCCGUCUUCACUGAUUGGUUCAGCGGCGGAACGUGCCGGCCUGGGCGCUCUCCCAGGAGCCAAUCAGGACGGCGAGAGACGGAAUUGGCCUCUGCGCCUCCUCCCGAGGCAUGCUGGGAGCCUGGAGGACUAGCGAGGAGGAGUUGAGAGAACGGAGCGGACGCCAUGGCGACCAACAUCGAGCAGAUAUUUAGGUCUUUCGUGGUCAGUAAAUUCCGGGAAAUUCAACAGGAACUUUCCAGUGGAAGGAGUGAAGGCCAGCUCAACGGUGAAACAAAUACACCUGUUGAAGGAAACCAGGCAGGUGAUGCAGCUGCGUCUGCCAGGAGCCUACCAAAUGAAGAAAUAGUGCAGAAGAUAGAGGAAGUACUUUCUGGAGUCUUAGAUACAGAACUACGAUAUAAACCAGACUUGAAGGAGGCCUCCAGAAAAAGCAGAUGUGUGUCUGUACAAACAGAUCCUACUGAUGAAAUUCCCACCAAAAAGUCAAAGAAGCAUAAAAAGCACAAAAAUAAAAAGAAGAAAAAGAAGAAAGAAAAGGAAAAAAAGUAUAAAAGACAGCCAGAAGAAUCUGAAUCAAAGCCGAAAUCACAUCAUGAUGGGAACAUAGAUUUAGAAUCAGAUUCCUUUUUGAAGUUUGAUUCUGAACCUUCGGCUGUGGCACUGGAGCAUCCUGUAAGAGUGUUUGGCCUAUCUGAGACCAUUGAAUCUCCUGCAGUUGUGCUAGAACCUCCUAUAGUAUCAAUGGAGGUAUCAGAGCCACACACCUUAGAAACUCUGAAGCCAACCACAAAAACUGCAGAACUAUCAGUUGCAUCUACAUCAGUAAUCUCAGUGCAGUCAGAGCAGUCUGUGGCAGUAAUGCUGGAACCAUCCAUGACAAAGAUUGUGGAUCCCUUUGCAACAGCACCAGUGCCUACUACAACAGUAGUGCUGAAGUCAUCUGAGCCAGUUGUAACAAUGUCAAUGGAGUAUCAGAUGAAGUCUGUGCUGAAAACUUUGGAGAGCACACCUCCAGAGCCAUCAAAGAUCAUGUCGUUAGAGCCUCCAGUAGCACAAGUGCUCGAGCCAUCAGAAACCCUUGUGGUACCAUCAGAGACACCUACUGAGGUACACCCAGAGCCAAGCACAUCAACAACAAUGGAUUUUCCAGAGUCAUCUGCAACUGAAGUGCUCAGAUUGCCAGAGCAGCCUGUAGAAGUACCAUCGGAGAUUGCAGAUUCAUCCAUGACAAGACCACAGGAGUUGCUGGAGCUGCCCAAGACCACAGCGUUGGAGCUGCCGGAGUCGUCGGUGGCCUCAGCGAUGGAGUUGCCGGGGCCACCUGCGACCUCCAUGCCGGAGUUGCAGGGGCCCCCUGUGACUCCAGUGCUGGAGUUACCUGGGCCCUCUGCUACCCCGGUGCCAGAGUUGCCAGGGCCCCUUUCUACCCCAGUGCCUGAGUUGCUAGGGCCCCCUGCGACAGCAGUGCCUGAGUUGCCGGGGCCCUCUGUGACAUCAGUGCCACAGUUGUCGCAGGAAUUGCCAGGGCUUCCAGCACCAUCUGUGGGGUUGGAGCCACCACAGGAGGUACGAGAGCCACCUGUGAUGGCACAGGAGUUGCCAGGGCUGCCUGCGGUGACAGCAGCAGUAGAGUUGCCAGGGCAGCCUGCGGUAACAGUAGCAAUGGAGUUGACCGAACAACCUGUGACGACGACAGAGUUGGAGCAGCCUGUGGGGAUGACAGCGAUGGAACAUCCUGGGCAGCCUGAGGUGACAACGGCAACAGGGUUGCUGGGGCAGCCUGAGGCAGCGAUGGUGCUGGAGUUGCCAGGACAGCCAGUGGCAACGACAGCGCUGGAGUUGUCAGGGCAGCCUUCGGUGACUGGGGUGCCAGAGUUGCCAGGGCUGCCUUCGGCAACUAGGGCACUGGAGUUGUCGGGGCAGCCUGUGGCAACUGGGGCACUGGAGUUGCCUGGGCAGCUCAUGGCAACUGGGGCACUGGAGUUCUCGGGGCAGUCUGGGGCAGCUGGAGCACUGGAGCUUUUGGGGCAGCCUCUGGCAACUGGGGUGCUGGAGUUGCCAGGGCAGCCUGGGGCGCCAGAGUUGCCUGGGCAGCCUGUGGCAACUGUGGCGCUAGAGAUCUCUGUCCAGUCUGUGGUGACAACGGAGCUGUCAACGAUGACCGUGUCGCAGUCCCUGGAGGUGCCCUCGACGACAGCGCUGGAAUCCUAUAAUACGGUAGCACAGGAGCUGCCUACUACAUUAGUGGGGGAGACUUCUGUAACAGUAGGAGUGGAUCCUUUGAUGGCCCAAGAAUCCCAUAUGUUAGCUUCUAACACCAUGGAGACCCAUAUGUUAGCCUCCAACACCAUGGACUCCCAAAUGCUAGCGUCUACUACCAUGGACUCCCAAAUGCUAGCGUCCACUACCAUGGACUCCCAGAUGUUAGCCUCUAGCACCAUGGACUCCCAGAUGUUAGCAACCAGCUCCAUGGACUCCCAGAUGUUAGCAACCAGCUCCAUGGACUCCCAGAUGUUAGCAACCAGCUCCAUGGACUCCCAGAUGUUAGCAACCAGCUCCAUGGACUCCCAGAUGUUAGCAACCAGCUCCAUGGACUCCCAGAUGUUAGCAACCAGCACCAUGGACUCCCAGAUGUUAGCAACUAGCUCUAUGGAUUCCCAGAUGUUAGCAUCUGGCACUAUGGACUCUCAAAUGUUAGCUUCCGGCACCAUGGAUGCUCAGAUGUUAGCGUCUGGUACUAUGGAUGCCCAGAUGUUAGCAUCUAGUACCCAAGAUUCUGCUAUGUUGGGUUCAAAAUCUCCUGAUCCCUAUAGGUUAGCUCAGGAUCCUUACAGGUUAGCUCAGGAUCCGUAUAGGUUAGGUCAUGACCCUUAUAGGUUAGGUCAUGAUGCCUACAGGUUAGGGCAGGACCCCUAUAGAUUAGGCCAUGAUCCCUACAGACUAACUCCUGAUCCCUAUAGGAUGUCACCUAGACCCUAUAGGAUAGCACCCAGGUCCUAUAGAAUAGCCCCCAGGCCAUAUAGGUUAGCACCUAGACCCCUGAUGUUAGCAUCUAGACGUUCUAUGAUGAUGUCCUAUGCUGCAGAACGUUCCAUGAUGUCAUCUUAUGAACGCUCUAUGAUGUCUUAUGAGCGCUCUAUGAUGUCCCCUAUGGCUGAGCGCUCUAUGAUGUCAGCCUAUGAGCGCUCUAUGAUGUCAGCCUAUGAGCGCUCUAUGAUGUCUCCUAUGGCCGAACGCUCUAUGAUGUCAGCUUACGAGCGCUCUAUGAUGUCAGCUUACGAGCGCUCCAUGAUGUCCCCGAUGGCUGACCGAUCUAUGAUGUCCAUGGGUGCCGACCGGUCUAUGAUGUCAUCGUACUCUGCUGCUGACCGGUCUAUGAUGUCAUCGUACACUGCAGCUGAUCGAUCUAUGAUGUCAUCUUAUACUGCUGAUCGUUCAAUGAUGUCUAUGGCAGCUGAUUCUUACACUGAUUCUUAUACUGAUACAUAUACGGAGGCAUAUAUGGUGCCACCUUUGCCUCCUGAAGAGCCUCCAACAAUGCCACCAUUGCCACCUGAGGAGCCACCAAUGACACCACCGUUGCCUCCUGAGGAACCACCAGAGGGUCCGGCAUUACCUACUGAGCAGUCAACAUUAACAGCUGAAAAUACUUGGCCUACUGAGGUGUCAGCAUUACCUCCUGAAGAGUCUGUACCGCUGCCUGAACCUCCCCUGAGUCAAAGUGAGAUUUCAGAACCUUCGGCAGUGCCUGCUAAUUAUUCAUUGUCAGCAUCAGAGCCUUCAGUGUUAGCAUCAGAGGCUACUGUGACUGUUCCAGAACCACCACUAGAGCCAGAGUCUUCGGUUAUGUCAAUACCUAUGGAGUCUGCUGUAGUUGCAGAAGAACAUGAGAUUGUUCCAGAGAGACCAGUGACUUAUGUGGUGUCUGAAACUCCCAUAAUGUCAGCUGAACCAACUGUGUUAACAUCAGAGCCUUCUAUUAUGUCAGAGACAGCAGAAACCUUUGAUUCCUUGAGAGCUUCAGGACGUGUUGCUUCAGAGAUGUCUGUGUCCCUGUUGGAGCCUGCAGUAACUAUUCCAGAGCCAUCACGGAGCACUCUAGAGCUGCCAGCCACAGCUGUCUCAGAGCUACCAGCUGUGGCUGUCCUGGACCCACCAGCUGACACUGUCCCGGAGCCUCUGGCCUUGGCUAAGCCAGAGCAUGUUACCAUUCCUAUGCCAGUUGUUUCUGCCCUGGAGCCUACUGUUCCUAUCCUGGAACCAGCAGUGUCUGUCCUUCAACCUAACAUGAUUGUUUCAGAACCCUCUGUUUCUGUCCAGGAAUCCAUUGUGACAGUUUCAGAGCCUGCACUUACUGUUGUGCAGCAGACUCAAGUAAUACCAACUGAUAUGGUUUUAGAGUCUACACCAAUGAUGCUGGAGUCUAGUGGUAUAAAAGGAAUGAAUUUACUGUCUGGUGAUCAAAAUCUUGCUCCAGAAAUUUGCAUGCAGGAGAUUCCUAUGCAUUCAGAUGAAGAGCCACAUGCUGAAGGACACCUAAAGAAUGACUCUUAUGAAAAUGAACAUGGUGUAAAUAUAGACCUUAAUAUAAAUAAUCAUUUAAUUGCUAAAGACAUGGAACCUAACACAGUGUCUGCUAUCAGCACUGGUGCUGUUGGUGAAAUUGGUGAAGAGAAAAUUUUGCCCACCAGCGAGACGAAACAAUGUACAGUAUUGGAUACCUGCCCUAGUGUUAGUGAAACUGAUGGAGGAGGAGCGCUAUCUUCUACUGGUCCCCUUGCUCUUGAACCUGAAGCAGUGGGAACUAGUAAGGGUAUUGAAUUUGCCACGGCAUUUGCUCUUAGUUCAGGUAGUAAAUAUGAUGUUGAAGUAUCUUUGACUACACAAGAUAUUGACCAUGACAUGGUAAUUUCCACCAGCCCCAGUGGUGGUAGUGAAGCUGACAUAGAGGGACCUUUGCCUGCUAAAGAUAUUCAUCUUGAUUUACCAUCUAAUAAUAAUUUUAUUAGUAAGGAUGCAGAAGGACCAUUACCUAUAAAAGAGAGUGACCAGACAUUAGCAGUUGCUCUCAGCCCUAAAGAAAGUAGUGGAGAAGAUAAAGAAGUACCUCUCCCAACUAAAGAGAUAUUGUCUGAUUCAGGAUUUUCUGCCAAUAUUGACGAUAUUAAUGAAGCAGAUUUAGUGAGACCAUUACUUCCUAAGGACAUGGAACGUCUUACAAGCCUCAGAGCUGGUAUUGAAGGACCUUUACUUGCAAGUGAAGUUGAACGUGACAAAUCUGCUGCCAGUCCAGUUGUAAUUAGUAUACCAGAAAGAGCUUCAGAGUCAUCUUCAGAGGAAAAAGAUGAUUAUGAAAUUGUUGUAAAAGUUAAGGACACACAUGAAAAAAGCAAGAAAAAUAAGAACCGUGACAAAGGUGAGAAAGAAAAGAAAAGAGACUCUUCAUUAAGAUCUCGAAGUAAGCGUUCCAAGUCAUCUGAACACAAAUCACGCAAGCGCACCAGUGAGUCUCGUUCUAGGGCAAGGAAGAGAUCAUCUAAGUCAAAGUCUCAUCGCUCUCAAACACGUUCACGGUCACGUUCAAGACGCAGGAGGAGGAGCAGCAGGUCAAGAUCAAAGUCUAGAGGAAGGCGAUCUGUAUCAAAAGAGAAGCGCAAAAGAUCACCAAAGCACAGAUCCAAGUCCAGGGAAAGAAAAAGAAAAAGAUCAAGCUCCAGGGAUAACCGGAAAACAGUUAGAGCUCGAAGUCGCACCCCAAGUCGUCGGAGUCGGAGUCACACUCCGAGUCGCCGAAGAAGGUCUAGAUCUGCGGGGAGAAGGAGCUUUAGCAUUUCUCCAAGCCGCCGGAGCCGCACCCCAAGCCGCCGGAGCCGCACCCCAAGCCGACGGAGCCGCACCCCAAGCCGACGGAGCCGCACCCCAAGCCGACGGAGCCGCACCCCUAGCCGACGGAGCCGCACCCCUAGCCGUCGGAGAAGAUCCAGGUCUGUGGUGAGAAGACGAAGCUUCAGUAUAUCACCAGUCAGAUUAAGGCGAUCACGAACACCCUUGAGAAGAAGGUUUAGCAGAUCUCCCAUCCGUCGUAAACGAUCCAGGUCUUCUGAAAGAGGCAGAUCACCUAAACGUCUGACAGAUUUGAAUAAGGCUCAAUUACUUGAAAUAGCCAAAGCUAAUGCAGCUGCCAUGUGUGCUAAGGCUGGUGUUCCUUUACCGCCAAACCUAAAGCCUGCACCUCCACCUACAAUAGAGGAGAAAGUUGCUAAAAAGUCAGGAGGAGCUACUAUAGAAGAACUAACUGAGAAAUGCAAACAGAUUGCACAGAGUAAAGAAGAUGAUGAUGUAAUAGUGAAUAAGCCUCAUGUUUCGGAUGAAGAGGAAGAAGAACCUCCUUUUUAUCAUCAUCCCUUUAAACUCAGUGAACCCAAACCCAUUUUUUUCAAUCUGAAUAUUGCUGCGGCAAAGCCAACUCCACCAAAAAGCCAGGUAACAUUAACAAAAGAAUUUCCUGUGUCAUCUGGAUCUCAACAUCGAAAAAAAGAAGCAGAUAGUGUUUAUGGAGAGUGGGUUCCUGUAGAGAAAAAUGGUGAAGAAAACAAAGAUGAUGAUAAUGUUUUCAGCAGCAAUUUGCCCUCUGAGCCUGUGGACAUCUCUACAGCAAUGAGUGAGCGGGCACUUGCUCAGAAAAGACUCAGUGAGAAUGCAUUUGACCUUGAAGCAAUGAGCAUGUUAAAUCGAGCUCAGGAACGGAUUGAUGCCUGGGCUCAGCUGAACUCUAUUCCUGGCCAGUUCACAGGAAGUACAGGAGUACAGGUUCUGACACAGGAACAGUUGGCCAAUACUGGUGCCCAAGCCUGGAUUAAAAAGGAUCAGUUCUUAAGAGCAGCCCCGGUAACUGGAGGAAUGGGAGCCGUUUUGAUGAGAAAAAUGGGCUGGAGAGAAGGAGAAGGAUUAGGAAAAAACAAGGAAGGAAAUAAGGAGCCCAUCCUAGUUGAUUUUAAGACAGACCGAAAAGGUCUUGUUGCAGUAGGAGAAAGAGCACAAAAGAGGUCUGGGAACUUCUCUGCUGCAAUGAAAGAUCUGUCAGGCAAACAUCCUGUGUCUGCCUUGAUGGAAAUCUGUAAUAAGAGAAGGUGGCAACCACCUGAAUUUCUCUUGGUCCAUGAUAGUGGCCCUGAUCAUCGCAAACAUUUUCUCUUUAGGGUAUUGAUAAAUGGAAGCGCUUACCAGCCCAGCUUUGCCAGCCCUAAUAAGAAGCAUGCUAAAGCCACAGCAGCUACUGUGGUUCUUCAAGCAAUGGGCCUUGUACCAAAGGACCUCAUGGCUAAUGCCACUUGCUUCAGGAGUGCCUCACGUAGAUAGAUUGAGGUUUUAUAUUAAUCAUUUCAGAUAAUUUUACUCUGCAUCAAAAUGUACUUCCUCUUUAAUGUUGUAAAUAUUUGGCAAUUUAAGACAUUGUGUAAAAAGCAAUCUGUACAAACAUCUCCAGGCUUUGAUUUUUGUACCAUGGAAAUUGUAUUUAACCAUACAGGGUUUUGGUAUGUUUAUAUUGUUUACCUUAGUGAUGUAUUUGUUUAAGUGGCUAACAUCCAAACGAUUGUUUGAAGGCAUCCGUAAUCUUCAGUGUGGAAUGUUAAAUAACGCUUUUAUACUGUAUUUUGUACUAUGAUAUAACUCCCCUUCCUUAUGGCUAGGCUGCUGUAACACUUGCCUGUAAUCAGUGAAGGGCUGUGCACCUUGUACUAGUUCACAAUGGGUUCUGCUGGACAGAUACUGGGCCAGUGUUAUUUGAGGUAAUCAAGCAAGAUCUGUUCCACAGGGCUAAUGCCACCAUCUCCCCUUAAAAUUUUGUAGAGGUUAUAAAAAGAAAGUGGUAUGUUGUGUGAUGAUCAGCACUAAGUUCUGUGUUCCUGUCAAAGCCACUUAGGCCAUGAGAAGGGAGUCAAAAUUAACUCCAACUAGAAUUCUACUGCAGAAGGCAAGUACAUUUAGUAUGGCAUUGAGUUGUGAUAGUUUUACUUUGAUGUGCAUUUUGAAUUUCAGCUACACCUAGAUAGACGUAAAAUGAUAAUUAAAAUGCUGUAACCAACUUAUCUAAUAAAAUCGGCACCCAGCCAUUAUUUUGUUGACUAUGAGAAAGUUUAAGUUUAUGUUAAUUUUUAGGGUCUGAUAGAAUAUUUCAUGUGUAUUACAGUGGUAUUCAUAUGCUAUGUCUCUAAACUUUAUUUUCAAAAGCUUAAGGCCCAAAUAUAAACUUCUCUGGAAUAAA